GGAGAAAGGAAACAACAGAAACAACACUGGUCACCACUUUAAGCUCAUUGAGCUUUGUUUAAAUGUGUCAAAAAUGAAACUGUACUGUUUAUCAGGUCAUCCCACCCUGCCCUGCAAUGUCCUGAAGUUUAAGUCCACCACCAUCAUGCUGGACUGUGGGCUGGACACCACAUCUGUCCUCAGCUUCCUGCCUCUUCCUCUGGUGCACAGCCCGAGACUCUCCAAACUACCUGGUUGGAUCUCUAAAGAUGGGACAGUAAACCUGGAAAAGGAGCUGAAGGAGUGUGCAGGAAGAGUGUUUGUGGACUCUCAGCCAGAGUUUUGUCUUCCAGAGAGGGAGCUGCUGGACCUGUCGACCAUCGACGUGAUCCUUAUCUCCAACUACCACUGCAUGAUGGCCCUGCCCUACAUCACUGAACACACGGGCUUCACCGGGACGGUGUACGCCACAGAGCCGACCCUGCAGAUCGGAAGGUUGUUGAUGGAGGAGCUGGUGAACUUCAUGGAGAGAGUUCCCAAAGCUCAGUCUGCCACCUGCUGGAAGAACAAGGAAAUACAAAGGUUGCUCCCCGGCCCGCUGAAGGACGCGGUGGACGUGUGGACGUGGAAGAGAUGCUACAGUAUGCAGGAGGUCAACUCUGCUCUCAGCAAAGUGCAGCUCGUGGGUUACUCACAAAAAGUGGAACUGUUUGGAGCUGUACAGAUCUCCCCGUUGAGCUCCGGAUACUCUCUGGGCAGCUCCAACUGGAUCAUCCAGUCCCAUCAUGAGAAGGUGUCCUAUGUGUCCGGGUCGUCGCUCCUCACCACACAUCCACAGCCGAUGGACCAGAGCUCUCUGAAGAACAGCGACGUCCUGAUUCUCACCGGACUCACCCAGAUGCCCACCGCCAACCCGGACGGCAUGCUGGGAGAAUUCUGCAGCAACCUGGCCAUGACCAUCCGGGCCGGGGGCAACGUGCUGGUGCCCUGCUACUCCUCCGGGGUGAUCUACGACCUGCUGGAGUGUCUGUACCAGUUCAUCGAGAGCGCCAGCCUGGGCACCACGCCCUUCUACUUCAUCUCGCCAGUCGCCAACAGCUCGCUGGAGUUCUCGCAGAUCUUCGCUGAGUGGCUUUGUCACAACAAACAGACGAAGGUGUAUCUUCCAGAGCCUCCGUUCCCACACGCAGAGCUGAUCCAAACCAACAAGCUGAAGCACUACCCCAGCAUCCACGGAGACUUCAGCAGCGACUUCCGCCAGCCCUGCGUGGUCUUCACCGGACACCCGUCGCUGCGCUUCGGGGACGUGGUCCACUUCAUGGAGCUGUGGGGCAAGUCCAGCCUGAACACCAUCAUUUUCACCGAGCCGGAUUUCUCCUACCUGGACGCUCUGGCUCCGUACCAGCCGCUGGCCAUGAAGUGUGUCUACUGUCCCAUCGACACCAGGCUCAACUUCCAUCAAGUGUCCAAGCUGCUCAAGGAAGUCCAGCCCCUCCAUGUGGUGUGUCCGGAGCAGUACACGCAGCCCCCCCUGACCCAGUCCCACCGCUCGGACCUGAUGCUGGAGCUGCAGCCGCCCCCCAUGCCUUACCGCCGCUGCUCCGUGCUCAGCCUGCCCUUCAGACGCCGCUACGAGCGCGUCUACAUCCUGCCCGAGCUCGCCAACUCCCUGGUGCCCUCCGAGGUCAAACCCGGCGUCUCCGUGGCGACCGUGUCCGCCGUGCUGCAUUCCAAAGACAACAAGCACACGUUGCAGUCGGUGCCCAAACCGCCCCCCGCCCCCCCCACCAAGAAGAGGAAGCGAGUCCCGGAGGAGCCCCUGCUGGGGAUGGCCCCCAAGCCCCUGCUGAGCGGAGCCGUGCCCCUGGAGGCCUUCCUGGCCACGCUGCAGAAGCACGGGAUCACAGAGGUGAAAGUGGAGGAGACGGCAGACGGACACAUCCUGCACCUCCAGGCAGAGGACACCCUGAUCCAGCUGGAGGAGGACAACACGCACAUCGUAUGCGACAACAACGAGCCCCUGCGGACCACCCUGAGAGACCUGGUGCUGCGCUUCCUCCAGAAACUCUGAAGAUGACAGCUGUUCACUGCUCCCUCUGACUCCACCGGGAAGACCAGUGAUGUCUUCUUUUAAUGAAAACAUGCAGAGAUUUAUUAUUUUGUAUUAAAA